UCAGUCUGCUUGUUACAUUUGAAUCGCAUGGUGGACUCGGUCGGCUUCGUGUCUCGUGCCCGGCCCGGCAAGCUGAGAUUUUCAAAAAUACGAGUUUAAUGCACGUGUGUGCCGAAUACAACACAAACGCACACGCUCACAAACUCCCGCCUGCCCUCUCACAAACGCCACAUUUCAUUUGCCAUUGCCAUUUGCCAUUUGGCGCUGCAAUGUCCAAGUCGACGUCGUGUUGAAAGCGUCCAAUGUAAAUAUGUGCGCACAUGCAGCCACAUAAAUUAAAUGCAUUUAAAUCCGCAAAAGAUUCAAACUAAAGUCAAAAUACAACAAUAAUUACGGCAUAACAUUUGCAGCACACACUCACACACAUGCAUACACACGUACAGUGCGCUAUUACAGGGGGAAAUGUGCUGCGGCGACAUCUGUUGGACGACGUGUGUGUGAAUUCCAAUUUCCGCUUGAAACACAUACUUUAAGCAAGCUUUAUCCGAUUUCUUUUUUUUUUUUCUCUCUGUUUCUCUGUUUUGUUCUGUUUUUGAGGUUUGCAUUCAUAAUUAAGCUGUUAUUUUUGGAAAGUUGAAUAAGCUCAUAUAUGUUUGAUGAAAAGAAGCCUUCACACACACACCCACAGUGAGGGAAAUUAAAGUGCAAAACUAUCGAGAAUUAUGUAUAGUGAAAUUUAAUUAAACUUCGAAAGAAUUCGCUUGAUUAAAAUUGAUUUGCUGCCUUGUGAAUGAAGUGCAGACAAAAAAAAAACAGAAUUAUAUAAAACAAAAUGUACAUUUAUUUUGCUUGCCUGUAAAAUCAUAAAGUUUUCACUACCAUGUGAAAACUAUGGGAAAAUGAAUUAAUAAAAUCAUGUGUAAAGAUGACAACAAAUUGGAUGAAACCAAAGAGUGGGCAAAGCUGCCCCAACUGCAGUUACAGCAGCCAACAACUAAGCUCUGCUUUGUUUUGUUCUCCUUGCAGAAUGCUGGCCCUGGACUAUGCAGGACUCGUUGGCUGUGCGACGCUCGCUUUUGUUCUAUACUUAAACACAUUAAACGCCGGAUUUGUCUACGAUGACAGGCGUGCCAUCUUGGGCAAUGCGGAUGUAACUGGAACCGGGCCGCUGGCUCAGCUGCUGCAGAAUGAUUACUGGGGCACACCGCUGACGGACAGCGGCUCCCAUGGCUCCUGGCGUCCGUUGUGCGUGCUGGGCUUUCGUCUCAAUUUCGUGCUGGGCGGUGGCGCUGCCUGGCCCUUCCAUCUGAUCAACCUGCUACUGCACGGCCUGGCCACCGUCUUGGUGGUGCACGUGGCACGCACCUUGCUGCCCACACGUGCGGCCGUCUAUGCCGCCGGCUCCCUCUUUGCCGCCCAUCCCGUGCACACAGAGGCCGUGGCCGGCGUGGUGGGCCGUGCGGACUUAAGUGCCACAGUUUGCUGGCUGCUCGCCUACCUGGUCUAUCGCCGGCACAUGCUGCACAGGGAUUGGCGCUCGCUGGCGCUCACACUGCUGCUGGCUGUGGCGGCGCUGCUCUGCAAGGAGACCGCCAUUACGCUGCUGCUGCUAUGUGGACUAUGCGACCUCCUGUGCCUUGGCCAGGGCGUCAAGCAUGCCGGAGACGAUAAGCAUCGCCUACGCUCGCUCACCAUUCUGAGCGUCGCUCUGCUCUGCGCUCUCUACUGUCGCCUCAGCAUUGUGCCACGCCCCUCGACUGCAUUCGCCGCCGCCGAUAAUCCGACGGCCCACGAGCCCAGCUGGUGCACACGCACACUCAGCUACCUGUACCUGCCUGUGGCAAACUUUCAGCUGUUACUCUGGCCGCAACACCUGAGCUUCGAUUGGGGCAUGGAGGCCAUACCACGAAUCAGAACGCUAUGGGAUGCCCGUAAUGUGCUCAGCUUGGCAUUCUACGGCAUCUUGCUGGCCGUGACCUGCAAGGGCAUUCGCUGGCGCUGCACUGCCAACAGCUCCGUGGACUAUGCAGCUGUGGCCACGAGCAUUUCGCUGCCGCUGCUGCAGCGUCUGGGCGGCAGCAGCUGCCAGGCAUGGCAUGGACUCGUCUGCGCCUGCCAUCAUCAGCUCAAACAGCAGCAGCACCAGCAGCAGCAACAACGAUCGUCGCUGCAGCACAACGCUUCAGUCAGCCGGUCUUCUUGCUCUGCCUCCACUGCCACCUCAGCUGCAGCGACAUCCGCAUCGGCGUCUGUCUUGGUUACCUGUAUAGCAUUCAUGGUGCUGCCCUUUCUGCCCGCCUGCAAUUUGUUCUUCCACGUGGGCUUCGUGCUGGCCGAGCGUCUACUCUAUCUGCCCAGUGUUGGCUAUUGUUUAAUGCUGGGCCUAGGCUUUGGUCGCCUCUGGCAGCGUCUGCACAGCUCUGUCCACAGGCUGCUGCUGCUCUGCUGUCUUGGCCUGCUGCUGGGCAGCUUUAGUCUGCGCACGAUUCAACGCAAUGGCGACUGGCAGAACGAGGAACAGCUGUUCCGUAGCGCUAUCGCCAUCAAUCCACCGAAAGCUCUGGGAAAUCUGGGCAGCGUCUUGAGCAGCCAGGGACGCUAUGAGGAGGCCAAGCUGGCGCUGCAAUCGGCCCUGGCACACCGACCAACUAUGGCCGAUGCGCACUUUAAUCUGGGCAUCGUGCAUCAGCAGCAGCAGAACUAUACCGCAGCUUUGCUUUGCUAUCGCCGGGCCAUACAGCUGCGUCCACAGUUGGCGCCGGCUUACGUGAAUCUGGCCACUACGCUGCUGGCCUGGGACCAGGGCCGGCAGGAGGAGGCAGCAGCUGUGUUGCUGGCGGGCGCUCGACUGCCGGGGCAUGGCGUGCGCGAUCGCAGCGCCCAUGAGGCGGCACGGCACAGUGCGUACCUGCAAUUAAGUGCACUGCAUCGCUCGCAGGGCCGCAGCCAACUGGCCAUGGAGGUGCUGAACGAGGCGCUGGACACGUUGCCCUUGGAGCGCCGGAAUCAGCGCGCCAUGUUGCACCAACGGCUGGCGGCGUUGCACGUGGAACUGGAGCAGUGGCAGGAGGCGGAGAGGCAGCAGCAACUGGUGCUGCAAUUACAGCCAGACGAGGGCGUUGCAUAUGUGUCUUACGGUCAAGCAUUGGCCAGAAAUUGCAGUCGCUAUGCAGAAGCUGAGCUGUGGUUCAAGCGUGCCGUGGAGCUGUCACCCCUAGAGCCGAGCACCCAUCAUCAUUACGCUGACUUCCUGGAGCAACAGCAGCGCACGCAGGAGGCGCUGGGUUAUCGGCUGCGCGCUGCUGCUCUGGCGCCCCAUAACUAUGCCCUGCAGUCGGCCGUGGCCGAUGCACUUCGUCUGCUUAAUCGUCUCGCCGAGGCGGAGCUGUGGUAUCGCCGCGCCGUUACACUGCAGCCGCAGGCGGCGCACGCCCACGCCAAUCUGGGCGCCAUUCUGCAGAUGCGCGGCCAGCGGCAACAGGCGGUCGAUUGUUAUCGGCGCGCGUUGCAGCUGCAACCGGGGCAUGCCACGAGUCGCGCUAAUCUGGCCAAAAUGAAUAUCAGCAUCGAUGCGAACACGUAGCAGCGGCUCAAACGAUUCGAUCAAUAAAACUUCACUAUAUUGCCAAUCAGGAAGGUAUAAGGGAAACAUUUAGAUAGAUAUUAUUAUAAAACUAACUAAUUGUGAAUGUUAUCGAUUGUAAGUAAAAUGUUCAAUUAAAAGCAAAAUCAUAUAUUUUA